GUACCAUUGCUCACUCUAGCUCACUUCAAAUCAGUCCCUUCUAAAGCGUAACAAUGAACACAAGCGUGCUUAUUUAUUUUCUUGUGAGCUUGAUUUUCAUAUCGGGUGUAAGUAAUGAGGAGCCAAUGUGCGGAUCAGCCUGCGCUCCAAGAUUUGAACACGACUAUCAGGUACUACAGAAAAUUGCAGACCUGGAAGCAAAACAAACAAGUUUACAGGAGACUAUCACCAGCCAACAAAACCAAUUAACUUCGCAACAAAAUGUGAUCGAAAAUCUGCAGCAAACACUGGCAGACAAUAAAGCCUCUCAGUGGAGUGAAUGGACUACUUGGGGUGACUGUUUCACGUCGUGCUCGGGAAACAAUGGCGGACGAAUUCAAACACGAUCAAGAGAAGCAAAUGUUGACGGAAGUAAAAAGUCUGAACAAGAAAGCCGUCCCUGCAAUGCAGUUCAAUUUAGAGGUUGUGUUCAGACUUCAGGGAAGAACGAUAAUUUUGCAGUAGCUCAUGACUACACUGACCAGAUGGCCCAGUCCACGUGCACUGCUUUACUGACAGGCGUUAACCACGUGUUUGCGGUGAGGAGGCAUUGCUCUACGUUGUCGUCAAGCUGUGAAACUGUGUGCAGCAACCUGGGGAAGAAGUGUUUCAACGCUCUUCAUGUGUACAAUGUUAACGCAUUGGCAAGGGACGCCAAAGGAACAGCCGGUCUCAAAAUGUAUAAGUACAACAGUUGUGGCGGCGGAUGCGGACCAAAUUUCUGUUGUUGUUCUGGACUUUAACUGAGACUAGUGAUCUCUAGACAGCUUCAGUAUCAGUCUUACAUAACUGUGACUAAUCAAAUGUUUAGACAUUUCCAUUUUAAAGCGGCAUGCCUCCAGAUAGUUCGACAAAAAAAAAAAAAAAAAAAAAAAAAAAAAAAAAAAAAAAAAAAAAUUUAGAUGUCUUGAAAUAAAUGCUAUAUUUCUUAAGAAAGCUUUAAAAAACUUAAUUACUGACAAAUUUUAUGUUAGGGAAACACAUGAGAAUUUGCUGUUUUUACUACUUUUUACGAUGAAAAUCGAAAAGCGUUUGUUACGCUUUUACUCCAGGUAAUCUGUCCCGAUUAUAAAUAUCUAUAUUUUGAAGUCAUUAUUCACUACUUAAGCUAUAGCGCUAUUGGUUACGACGACGGAAAAAUGUCUUUAUUGCCGCGGCGGUCCGGGGUUCGAUUUCCGACGCGGUCAUCUUUUUUUCUUGAUUUGGAAUUUUUAAAAUAUUUCAGAAACAAAAAUUCAUAUAGUCUAAUGUUCAUAGUAUGAUCAAAACUUCAAUUUGAAAGAAAGAUUAUUUUUUAGCCAAAUCUGGAGGCAUGCUGCUUUAAAACGCAUAGGUUUUUCCUAUUAAAUUUUAUUUAAAAUGUAAAGUAAUUAAAGAUGUGUCGUAUACAUUAGGCCCAAUUUAGACCCAUCACCAUUUUCCUACGUUGGAUUUAACAGUUUUGGUGAUCGUUGAAUUUUCAGGCAAAUUAUUUUUAUCAUUUUCUCUCGCGAAAAGACGCAGUAUGAAAGUCUACAAAUGCGAACUGAUCCCAUGCCGAAAGAACUAAGCAACGAUUCUAAAGUGCGAAUGUGGGUUUGUAGUUUCCAUAUCGACAUGAAUCACAUUUGAGUAAUUAAACUGGAAAUUUU